AAUGGUGACUUCUUCCUGAUUGUCUCUAUAUUAAAGACGUUCUGAAAACUCCUACAUAGACUGGAUGGAUAUAAAUAAUAGCUCAAUGAUAUCUGAGUUUGUUUUGCUAGGACUUACCAGCACUUGGGAACUUGAAAUUUUCUUUUUUCUUAUAUUUUUGUUGAGCUAUGCAGCAAUCGUGGCAGGAAACCUUCUCAUUGUGGUUGCUGUAACUUUUGAUUUUCACCUGCGCUCCACACCUAUGUACUUCCUCCUUGGAAAUCUCUCCUUUCUUGAUAUGACUAUGUCCACAAUCACAACCCCUAAGAUGGUCACGGAUUUCCUCAGAGAGAAGAAAACAAUUUCCUUGUGGGGUUGCAUGGCUCAGAUGUUCUUCCUCCACCUUUUAGGAGGCAGCGAGAUGACUCUCCUUGUAGUUAUGGCUGUUGAUCGGUACAUUGCAAUAUGCAAGCCUCUUCACUACACAACCAUCAUGAACCGCUGGGUACUCGUGGGUUCUGUGCUGCUGUCCUGGGGUGUUGGUUUUGUGCACACUAUGAGCCAGAUGGUUUUUACUAUCACCUUGCCUUUCUGUGGCCCCAGUGUGGUGGACAAUAUUUUUUGUGACCUUCCCCUAGUUCUAAAACUUGCUUGCACUGACACAUAUGUUCUAGAGUUGCUGGUAAUUGCGGACAGUGGACUGUUGUCUUUGAUCUGUUUCCUACUCUUGCUCAUUUCCUACACUGUCAUUCUAGUGACCGUCCAACGUCAGUCCUCUGGUGGACUCUCCAAGGCUCUGUCCACACUCUCUGCUCAUAUCACUGUGGUUACUCUGUUCUUUGGGCCAUGUAUCUUCAUUUACGCUUGGCCGUUUAGUAGCUUAUCAGUGGAUAAAUUCCUUUCUGUAUUUUAUUCAGUCAUCACACCCUUACUGAAUCCCAUUAUUUAUACUCUGAGGAAUCAGGAAAUGAAAGCAGCUAUGACCAGACUCAAGACCCAGCAUGUCAGCUAGUGAUGGAACUUCUCGGUAACAGUCACAAUGAUGAAGGUUUUAAUUCAACCCACCCUUGUAAAUUACAUUUCAGAAUAAGUUCAACUUUUUUUUGUGUAGAUAUUUUUGUAAAUAUUCAUAAUAUAUAUUGAAAUCACCAUGUCCCAUCAUUAUUUUGCAGGUUUUAUUGAAAUAAUAAUAUUCUUAAUGGAAAUUCAAUUCAGUUUGGGCAAAAUAAUUUUUUUUUUAAUUCUAAUAUGUUAUUAAGUAGGAAAACUGGCUCAUUAACUAUAGCUGGAAACCUAGAUAUCCAAGUCUGAAUUUUCUUAAAUAAAGAGAAAUCAAAUAUAAGUUUGUAUGCUUUUAAUUUUGAAUUAGGAAUCUUUCAGCUAAUUGCUCUGGAUGGUUAUAUGUGCAUAAAAUUGUGUAAACUUAUCUAAACCCACAAGUAAACAAAAAUACAGCCACAUUUUUGGCUCCUUAUAUAUGAAUGGAUUAUUGUAUUUUCAGAGGUAAGAGGCUAGUUUUUAUGAGUGGAAGGAAACAUACUGUGACUGUCAUUCAGCAACAUGAAACACAUAUUUAUUUCAUUCUGAAGGAAAAACAAAAAGAAGUUCCACCUCAGAAAAGUUCCACGGAGCUGCAAUCUACUUUCAUUCAUAUAUCCACAUAUCUUUUGAGGAUCAAAUAAAGAAGGAUUACUAUUGUGCUAAUUCCUAUGACCAAAGAAUAAAUGAAGAAGAUUAUAUAUUCCAGUCAUUCAUGUCACAGACCAUGGUCGAGUGGGAGAGUAUUGAGGUGGCAAAAUUUCAUUAAGAAAGUAACAAAAUUUAUGUCCUGAUAUGUAAGUUUAGAUCUGUGGUCCAUGGAUAUUAGAAUAAAGUAAACAUUGUAUGACUCCUUGAUAUCAAAUUCAAAAUGCUAUGUUUAUUCUCAAACACCUAGUAACACUUAUAAGCUUAUACCCAGUAAUUUUCCUUCAUUUUCU